ACUAAUUCCCACAAUAUUUAGCUGAAAUCAAUAAUGGAUUAUCUCGGAAUAUCUUUAGAAAACAUUUCUUUGGAAGAUGUCAUUGAUGAAGAAACCAACACAUUAGGAAUAUCCCUUGAGGAAAUGGAAACCUCUUUAAAUGCUCAGGAUUUGUCAAAGCAUAUCUUUGAGUUUGAUGAUGAAUUUAUCUUCAGCCUAAAGGAGUCCGAUGAACCAUUGGCUGUUGUUAGUCCAGAGGAACCCACACAGCCACUUCAUACAUCAACACCAAAGAAACCCAUACAUACAAGUAAAACAGGAAAAGGCAGACCAGUUCGGAGGUUAUUAAAGCUUAAGAAAACAGGGGAAGUGCAACGUCUACAGCCAUGUAGGAGAUGAUGUUUUCAUAGCAAUGUAUCCCAGAGCCAGAUCAUCAGGGCUAGAGAAAAAGUAUAGACAAAGGAUUCCAACUGUAGAGUUGACUAGAUGUUGGAAAAGUUUGAAGAAUCCCCGAAUUGUUUUGGUUAUGUUACCAAACCUUUCAAGAUUUAGUUGGUAAUAUUCCCAGAAAUAUAUUUAACUCUGUCAAUAAAUGUGAGCUGGUAAAGCUCUGCGAUUAUGUUAAAGAAUCAGUAUGUAUUCGUAAUGUUAUUCCUAAUAAUAAUUAUUAUUAUUAUUAUCAAUUUAGUUCAUCCUCUGAUACUGCUGCCUUUAUGUCAACAUAUUUGUGUCUUUAACCAUAGC